CUCAGUUUUCUGUAAUCGCUUUUUCUGCUGCUGCUACCUCCAGUUAAAUAGCAAGGACACGGGAGCGAGCAGACGGCCGUGUGUGAGGAUAUACUUUUUUCCGCUACCGUGGGAUUUACGACGCGGGGAUUGCAGCAUCGACGGCCAGCCGCCAGGUAAUAGCGACACACGCAGUCCGCCGCGCGUCGCAGAUCCGCGAAAAGGCCCACGAUGUCCAGCGAAGUGCAGAGACCGGACGACAGCCCCAGCACCAGCGGGGGAAGCUCGGACAUCGAACAAAGGGAGUCCGUGCCUCCUGAGCAGGAGCGGGAGCAAGCACAGCCCAAAAAGAAGGAGACCAAGAUCUCCAGUAAAACUGCUGCUAAACUUUCAACUAGUGCCAAGAGGAUUCAGAAAGAGCUGGCAGAAAUAACACUAGACCCGCCUCCAAACUGCAGCGCCGGCCCCAAAGGAGACAACAUCUAUGAGUGGAGGUCGACCAUCCUGGGACCACCGGGCUCCGUGUACGAGGGAGGCGUCUUCUUCCUGGACAUCGCCUUCACGCCAGAUUACCCCUUCAAACCCCCCAAGGUAACGUUCCGUACGAGGAUCUAUCACUGCAACAUCAACAGUCAGGGCGUGAUCUGUCUGGACAUCCUGAAGGACAACUGGAGCCCCGCCCUCACCAUCUCCAAGGUCCUGCUGUCCAUCUGCUCCCUGCUCACAGACUGUAACCCAGCCGACCCUCUGGUGGGAAGCAUCGCCACACAGUACCUGACCAACAGAACAGAGCAUGACAGAAUAGCCAAACAGUGGACAAAGAGAUACGCCACAUAGACUCGCCGCUGUUAGCCCCGCCCCUCUUCAUGUCCCUCCCUCCCUCCCUCUCUCCCUUCGCUGUACCUCUCUCUACCUCUCUCUCACCCCUUUAGUCUGUCAAAGCACACUCACUCAGUGCAACAGUAUCACCUCCUCCUCCUCUUCCUCCUCCUCCUCCUCCCCUCAAACAUUUUAUCUACCUUUUCUGUGUAAAAAAAACAAAAGAAAGAAAAUCAAACGACAACAAAAGACAAAAGUCCUCUUGUUCCUUGUUGACUUGAAAACUUCUUUUUUAUACAAAGAUUUGAGGGAUUUUUAUUUUCCAAUAUGUGAAUGUUGGAAGUAAAAUAAAAAAAAUCAACAUAAUUGUAUAAUUAUCAUGCGUACGGAAGAGGAUUAGGAUUAGUGUCACACGUGAACAAAUAAAUCAGAAUUCUGAGAAGAAAUUUAGAAUUCUGUUAAAAUUCUGAUAUAAAAGCUCUGAAUUUUUAUUUUUUCUCACAGAAAAACAAAAUUCUAAAAAAUGUAUUUGAAAUUAAAGUUUUUUUCUUAGAAUUCCGGAUCUAAUCUCAGAUUCAGAUAUUUUUUUCUCGAAUUUUUGACUUUUUUCUUAAAUUUCUCAUUUGAGAUAAGUUUUUUUCACAGAAUUCUGAGGGUUUUUUUCAUAGAAAUGUUCUCAAAAUUCAAGUUUUUUUCUUAGAAUUGUGGCUCAAAUUAGAGUCAGACGACUCAUAAUUCAGAGUUUCUGAAUUCUGAGUCUAAUCUCAAAAGAUUUUUUUUCUAAGACAUUUUAUCAAAAUUCUGAAAAAUAAAAUUUAGAUUAAAGUCAGAAUUUUGACUUUUCUUAAAAUUCUGACUCUAAUCGCAGAAUUCAGAGACAAAAAAUAAAUUUGAAAUUCAGGUUCUAAUCCUGGCUCUAAUUUCAGAAUUCUGAUUAAUAAAUCUGUAUUCUGAAAUUUUCUCAAAUUUCUGAAAUGUUCUCAAAUUUCUGAAAUUUUCUCAAAUUUCUGAAAACUAAAUGUUAGGUUUUUGGCUAAAGCCUGACUCUAAUCUCAGAGUUCUGAUAAAAGGGUCUGUAUUCUGAGAUUAGAGUCAGAAUUCUGACUCCUCCUCCUCUUGCGCGCACGCGCGUUGUUUCUUCAGCUCCACAGUAAAUAAAGUAUUCUGGUUUUCUUCGAGGCUCCUGGAACAAACGUGCAGAAUAUACAGUAAAUGCUUUGACUUUGUUUUUCUUUCUUUUCUCUGUGUUUGUCAUUGCUGAUGUGAUCUGCAUGGAACAGGAAGGUUGUUUUUGUUGUUUUUGUUGUUUUUUUUGCAUCGAUGGCUCCUUCAUGCUUUUUAAACUUCCUCUGAUUUUCUUUGUACUGUAUGUAUUUUUUCAAAGGCUUUUGAGGCAGACCACAGAUGUAUAGGGUCUGCCUGUGAGAGGCAGGACGUGUUUAUUUACUGGCUAUAGCGCCACCUCUGCCAAUGCAGAGUGGUUUGUUGUGCACUUGUAUUACUGAAGCACCCAAUAAAACACACUGUGGUUGGCUCGUGA